CUGUCUGUGAAUUGAAGCGGCUGCAAUGGAUCAACUGAAGCUAAGUCCGGCAAAUUCUUGCCCGCUGACUCCACUGAACUUCUUGGAGAGAACGGCCACCAUCUAUGGCGACUGUACUUCUGUCGUCUACAAUGGCACGAUUUAUACAUGGUCUGAGACCCACCAGCGUUGCCUCCGCCUGGCGUCGUCGAUUGUGUCUCUUGGGGUUGAGAGAGGGCAGGUGGUGUCUGUGAUGGCGCCCAAUAUUCCGGCCAUGUACGAGAUGAACUUCGCCGUGCCCAUGGCGGGAGCCGUGCUGAACUCCAUCAAUCUCCGGCUGGAUGCUCGCACGGUGUCGAUUAUGCUACGCCACUGCGAGUCGAAGCUGAUCUUCGUUGAUUGUUUGUCGAAGGAUUUGUUGAUGGAGGCUUUGUCCAUGUUUCCGGCGGAAUCGUCGCGCCCGGCGGUGGUUCUGAUUACGGACGAUGAGUUUCCGGCGGAGCGGGGCCGGGGUGGGGAGUUUGUUGAUACGUAUGAGGGUUUGAUCGAGAAGGGUGAUCCCUGGUUCAAUUGGAUUCGGCCGAGAAGUGAACUGGAUCCGAUCGUCCUGAAUUACACUUCCGGGACGACGUCCGCGCCGAAGGGAGUGGUUCACAGUCACCGGGGAGCGUUUCUGAUGACUUUAGAUUCGUUGAACCAAUGGCCGAUGCCGAGCCAGCCGGUGUACUUGUGGACGCUGGCGAUGUUCCACGCCAACGGGUGGAGCUACACGUGGGGAAUGGCGGCGGUGGGCGCCGCCAACAUCUGUCUCCGGAAAUUCGACGCCGCCGUUAUCUACGCGGCGAUCAAGAACCACCACGUGACCCACAUGUGCGGCGCGCCGGUCGUGCUCAACAUGCUAUCCAAUUUCCCGGGCGUGAAGCCGCUGUCUCAGCCCGUUUACAUCAUGACCGCCGGGGCGCCACCGCCGGCCGCCGUGCUGUUCAGGGCGGAGUCGUUGGGCUUCGUCGUCAGCCACGGCUACGGCCUAACGGAAACGGGCGGGCUAGUAGUCUCCUGCACGUGGAAGAACAAAUGGAAUAAAUUUCCGGCCGAGGAAAGAGCGAAGCUAAAAGCAAGGCAGGGCGUGAGAACCAUAGCAAUGACCGAAGUGGACGUCGUGGAUCCCGACACAGGGCGGAGCGUGAAGCGGGACGGGGCGACCCUCGGCGAGGUAGUUUUCAAAGGAGGAUGUAUUAUGCUGGGGUACCUUAAAGACCCCGAAGGGACCGCCAAAUGCUUGAAACCAGACGGGUGGUUUUACACUGGGGACGUCGGGGUUAUGCACCCCGACGGCUACCUGGAAAUCAAGGACCGAUCAAAGGACGUGAUCAUCAGCGGCGGGGAGAAUCUGAGCAGCGUCGAGGUAGAGUCGGUGCUGUAUAUGCACCCGGCGGUGAACGAGGCGGCCGUGGUGGCUCGGCCGGAUGAGUUCUGGGGCGAAACGCCCUGCGCUUUCUUGAGCUUGAAGACCGGCGUGACCAAGAAGCCGACCGAGAAAGAAAUCAUGGAGUUCUGCCGAGCGAGAAUGCCGCAUUUCAUGGUUCCGAAAACAGUGGUGUUUCAGGAUGAUCUCCCCAAGACCUCCACCGGGAAGAUCCAGAAGUUCUUGCUGAGGGAGACGGCUAAAGCCAUGGGCAGCUCCAAGCUGCAGAGGAAGAGUAGAAUGUAGUUAAACUCAAUGUGAAUCCAGUGUUCAAAGUUCAAACAACCAUGAUUGUUUCCCUUCAAUUAAUAAGUCAAUUGUUAUCAAAUAAAACACAUUUGUGAGAA